AAACCUCUCAGCACGGUCCCCAGAAAACACCCAUUCUCUGGUAGGGUUGGCCGUCGUGCUGAAGUAAUGAGAUCAUCAAUCCAUAAAUGAAGAAUAGGAGACCACCUCCCGCUGCAGCGUCCGCCAUGUCUCUCAGAAGUCUGUCGGUGUGUCUGUUCAUUGUGGCCGGUCUCUGUUCAUCGCCGUCUGCGGGGGCCCGGGGGCCGUUGGAGGAUACUGGGGGGGGUCCGUCAUACGUCGCAGCUGUGUAUGAGCACCGUGUGAUCCUCAACCCGGAGCCGCAUGUGCAGCUGCCUCGUUCGGCCGCGCUUGAGCAUGUGUGGAAAAACAUGGCCAUCUACGAGGAGCAAGCUGCACGCGCGGCACAAGAGGGUGCCCAGAUCCUGGUGUUUCCGGAGGAUGGUCUACAGGGUUUCAACCACAGCCGUUUGUCCAUCUCUGGCUUCCUGGAGACCGUCCCUGACCCCCAGCAGGAGAGCUGGAACCCCUGCACAGAGCCAGGCACACACAACAACACUGAGAUUCUCCAGAGGUUAAGCUGCAUGGCCCGUCGCUACAGUCUUUACCUGGUGGCCAACAUGGCCGACCUGCAGCCUUGUCCUCUGAGCACUGAUCCCUCCUCCUCCUGUCCCUCUGAUGGACGCUGGCAGUUCAACACCGACGUGGUUUUCAGGUCUGAUGGUCUGCUGGUGGCGCGGUACCACAAACACAACCUCUACUUUGAGAAGGCCUUCGACCAGCCGCCCGCCCCAGAGUUGGUAACAUUUGACACCCCCUUUGCGGGGAGGUUUGGUGUUAUCACCUGCUUCGACCUGCUUUUCCACAAGCCAACCAUUACCCUAGUGGAAAAGGGUGUGCGUCAGCUCGUCUACCCCACGGCCUGGAUGAAUCAGCUGCCCCUGCUGGCAGCAGUCCAGUUCCAGCGGGCAUUCAGCUUGGGCGCCAAUGUCUCCAUACUCGCAGCCAACAUUCGCAGUGACCUGCUGGGUAUGACUGGCAGCGGUAUCUUCAGCCCCGUCUCUGCUCUCCAUCACCACGCUCGGCAGGGAGAACCGGAGGAGGGCAAGCUGCUGGUGGCCAGGCUACCUGUACUAGACCCACUGUGGAGGGCGAAAUCAGAAGGAGUACGAGGAGAGACUAAGGGGGAGGCAAUGGGUGAGUCCUGGCCAACCCAGCCUGUGGACUCCAGAUACUGCCUGCAGAAAGAGAGUUGCUUGGAUUCUGCUCCUUGCCCUCCUCCUCCUUUCAUCACUCCUUCACUCCCUCUGUCCCCUGUCACCUCCUCCAUGAUGUAUGACCCCUUCACCUUUAUCCUACUAAGUGGCACAGAAGGCAAGGUGAGCGUCUGCGAUGGACCUUUUUGCUGCCACCUGCAGUACCAGCGGUCCGUACAGGAGGGCAGUACAGAGCUUUAUGCUUUGGGAGCGUUUGCUGGAACACACACAGUCAACGGGCGCUAUGCCCUGCAGGUGUGUGCAUUAGUUCGCUGUGCGGGGACGGUGGCCAGUUCCUGUGGACAGGAAGUGGAGGAGGCAGAGACUAAAAUGGACUUCCUGUUGGAAGGGAAAUUUGGGACAUGGCAUGUCUACCCUUCGAUACUGGCCAGUGAUCUGAUCCUAGAGCAGCCAGACUGGCUGGACCAGACGGCAGACGGCAGGGUGGCUAUGAAACACUCAAAGAUGACUGCUGGACUCAUCACUGCCUGUCUCUACGGCCGCAUGUAUCACCUGGACCACAACUGAAAUGUUCCUGAUCCUAUAAGUUGUAUCCGGCCAAUUACCCCACUCUUCGAGCCAUCCUGGUCUCUGCUCCACCCCCUCUGCCGAUCCGAGGAGGGCUGUAGACUUACCACAUGCCUCCUCCAAUACAUGUGGAGUCACCAGCCACUUUU